AUGUCGAACAGGCUUGAUCGCCUCUUCCUCCUCGAAGAAUUGCUUUGGCGGAUGAAGUACUUCUGGGCGUGGCUCGCCACCUGGGUGGGGGUCCGGGAGACGACGUAGUUGCGAGCUAUGCCUCUCCAGUCGCCUUUGCCGAGCUUCUGCAGACCGAGGAGGAACAUUCUGUGCUCUUCUUCAGUCCACGGGACACCUGCAAGCAAGAACAACCCCAUUCAGGGACGAGCACCGUGGAUAGAGUGACCGUCAACCAUCAUUGUCAAGAUCCUGAGUGCGCAUUCAAACAGCUCAGCAGAUGACGAAACUUUCCCCAGGAAAAUAAAUUUUCUAGUCAACCAACCAACUUAAAGCAUUUCCAUAGCAAGAUAUAAAACAUCAAACUAAUAAUACAUCAAAGAAGGUACCAAUCCCCAACUGGGAAGCAGCCCGUUGACCAGCCUACUUUGGGAAUGUCAAUGUCUGCACCUUCUUCUUCGGAGGGAGACUCAGUUGGUGAUACUUUGCACGGUGGGACCCCAACUUCUACCAGUACUAUAAUUCUUUAUCGACAAGUUCCGAUUAAGAUAAAAUUGGGCAAGAUGGAACAUUCAAGUCAGCUUCAUUGCAAAUUUUUCAGGAUCUUCCUUCCAACCAUGCAGGAGAUCUUCGUUCCCUGUGUAAGUUCUCAGCAGGUAGGACAAACAUUGCCUUCACCAGGCGUGAGGAUCUCUUCGGUCGUUUGCAAAUACUAGCAUGCUACCCAUCAGAUGGCCCAACAAAGGCAGGCACUAUUUGGGCAACAGAGACGUGAAAGAAGGGCAAUUUCAUGCAUAGAUUUUGUAUGAUUCUUGGGAACUGAUGGUAAAUGAAAGAACCAGACAUCUGAAGCGAAAUCAACAAAAUCUGAGAGGACCCUCAGCUAAAGAUGGCUAACAGCAUCAGUGUUUAUCCUCCCUCUCUCUCUCUCUCUCUCUCUCUCUCACUCACUCUAGUAGUUCUUGGUAAGAAAUCAUUAAGGAUAAGAUUAUCACCAGCAGCAUUACAACGCUACCAAAGAAUGAAGAUGACACAGGUGAGGUUUUGAGUGAGUUUAAACCCCCACAAUCAAAUAAGGUUCUUGCUCGGGCCAGCAUCAUCUUAGAGUAGGUAAGGCAGUCAUUAAUGUGGGUAAGAUGGACUGCUGCCAUUACGCAAUUGGGGACCGUAACCUCUGGAAUUAGUCGUGGUAACCUAGAGAGAAAAUAUUGUCAGAAAAGGAGAAAAAAUUGUAUGCUCACACAGUGUUGCGCAAAUGUUUUAACGAUUUCUCUGAAAGAAGAAAUCGAAUCGGAUGAUGUAACUGGAGGAAGGGGGCAAAAUAGCGAGCAGCACAGUUCUCAACUUUUGGGCCUUGAACAUGAAAACUUUGGAUGACACGAGAAAGCCGAGGUACUGCUUGAUAGGCACUAUCUGCAACAAGUAAAGACACAAUAGUCCACGGGAACUAGACAAGGAACUCGCAUGCACUCGUACGUUCGUUCCAGAAAGGUUGUGAAUCGUCGAACUCGAGACUUCGCUGGUCUAAGCUUAUUUGUCAAAUGCAUGUAAGAAAACGAGGACAAACGAGUAUAAUUCCUCAUCGAGCGACCGUGACAUGAUAUUUGCAAAAAUAGAAUCAAAAUCACUCAAAAUCAAACGGAAACGUAGACUUGCGCAGGCAUGA